UGUUACUGAUUGUAAUUUUGUAUUAGUAUAUCGUGAUGUGAACUGAAGUAGAAAUGUUGAAAACCCUUUUGUUAUUUUCGUUUAUAAUUAUACAGAGCGUACGAACCCAACAUCAGAAUGGUUGUUCCUAUUACAAAUUAUCUAAUGCAGCCCUUAGCCAGUUACUGGCUAAUACCUACCUAAAUUCACCACCAGCGCCUAAUUUUCAGUCUAUACCUAGCAAUAUCGGAUUAUCUCUACAAAAUGGUCAACUAAGUAGUAAGUUAAAUGGACUCAAUGCAAACAAUAUAAAUGCUGGCAAUGAUUUCUUGUUUCCAAUUAAUUUGGCGCCAAAUAGACAUGAAGCGGGGAACAAUGCUUUAAAGACAAAUAAUUUGCCACUUCAGAUAAACAACCCGACACUAAAUGAAUUGUUAUCUCACGCUAUAAGUAUCACAACUAGUAACGUGCCAACCAUAAAGUCAUCAAUAAACAAUAAGCUGUUAAAUAAUGGCGUCCAAUACAACGUUGGUAUACAAAUUGACAAAAAGGAUUUAUUGAAUAAGAUUAUGAAUAACAAGUGCGUUUUCAAAGACAAUAUGCAAGUUUCAAAAAUUCUAGGUGAUACCGCGACUGUCCUAAAUACUAUGGAUGUCGACACAAAAGAUUACUGUAACAUAAAAAUGUCGAAUCAACCAAUUAAUAUUGAAAAUCAAUAUGCUAACGCCCAUAAACAGUCGGACAAUUUUUUGUUGGCUUUACGUGGAAUGCAAGAGAACAAUGGAUUACAUAAUAUAGAAAAUAGAGCACUUCCAGCUGAAGCACCAAUAAGGAAUAUGGCUUCAAAUUCAGGACUACCUACUGAUAAAAUUCAAUUCAUUACAAAUAAUGUACCUUUCCAAAAUCAAAUGCACUUGCAAAAUGGUAUGGGUUUACAAAUGGCGAACAGAGCUAUGGAACAAGCUAUUCCCGUUACAAAUACAAUACAAGUAACCAAUCAAGUUAGUAACAAUUAUCCAAAUAUCAACGCAAUGACUACUGGUAUUUCUGAUAGUCUAAUUAAUAAUGCUUUUUUAAAUAAUAUGCCACAAACGGUGAAUAAUCCUUACGAUAAUUUGCUGAGUCCUAAUACAGUGCCUCUGAAUAAUAUUCAAUUUGAUAGUAAUACAAAUACUGGCAACGCAUAUCAGCCUAAUUUAAAUAUACAAAAUAUUUUAUUAAAUGAUUUAAUAAGCAAUAACCAAACACCCUUGAACAAGAUGAACAAUGCUAUGCAAAUGUCAAACGUGGAACUAAACUUGGGUAAUUCUUGCAUGCAGUAUAAGGAUAUUGUGAACUUGAAUGGAUUCUUGUCUAACAAUAUUGUAAAUACCAAUGCAGGAGAAUAUAAUGCCCAGAUACCAUUGAAUACAAUGCAGACAACCCAAAUGAGUGAUAUGCCUAUUAUUGGCAAUUUAAACAUCGAUCAAUCCUUGUACAAUUUGCCAGCCAGCAUAGACUUCGAAGAAUCACUGGGGAACAUACAACUAAGCACGCCAAAUAAAUUGGCAGACUUCAGUAUAUUAAAUUUAGGCCAAUUUGGCUGUUUACCGAUAAUAAAUGGGUUGCCAGUCGCAGGCAUAACAGAGACUGUUACUGUUAUGAACCCGAAUAUUUAGGCGGUUUUGUCUAGAAGUUAUAAAUGAAGGAAAUUUUGAUCCCAUUACAAAAGGUGAAGAAUGGAAAAGAAAUUAAAAGAAGAUCUGUUCUGUUUGAAUAGCUAUUUUAAUUUGUGACGAUAUGGGUUAUGAAUAUUUAAUUACUGUAAUUUAUUUGUACAUAUUAUUAUAAAAAUAAAUUCUCUUUUAUUA